AUGUCCAAUAAAGCAGGUGGGAAACGCCCGGCUACCACCAACAGUGACAUUUCCAACCACAACAUGGUGUCCGAGGUCCCUCCAGAGCGGCCCAGCGUCCGGGCCACCCGGACAUCCCGAAAGGCCAUCGCCUUUGGCAAGCGCUCACACUCCAUGAAGCGGAACCUCAACACGCCUGUCACCAAGGCGGGCUGGCUCUUCAAACAGGCCAGCUCCGGGGUCAAGCAGUGGAACAAGCGCUGGUUCGUCCUGGUGGACCGCUGCCUCUUCUACUACAAAGAUGAGAAGGAGGAGAGCAUCCUGGGCAGCAUCCCCCUCCUGAGCUUCCGGGUGGCUGCAGUGCAGCCCUCUGACAACAUCAGCCGAAAACAUACCUUUAAGGUGACCGUGUGCUGGGUGGACGAGGCCGGGGCCAGUUCCACGCACUGCCUCUCCCCGCAGGCCGAGCACGCCGGUGUCCGCACCUACUUCUUCAGCGCCGAGCGCCCCGAGGAGCAGGAGGCCUGGAUCCAGGCCAUGGGCGAGGCUGCCCGUGUGCAGAUCCCCCCAGCCCAGAAAUCCGUGCCGCAAGCUGUGCGCCUCAACCACGAGAAGCCGGACUUGGAAAACACACCACCCAGCAAACACCACCAGCAGCAGCCCCCUCACAACAGCUUCCCCAACCCUGAGCCCGAGGCCAAGACGCGAGGGGAGGGCGACGGCCGAGGCUGCGAGAAGGCAGAGCGGAGGCCCGACAUCCAGAGCGAGCCCCUGGCGAAAGCCAAUGGCAUCCCAGCUGGACCGGAAGCAGCCUCAGAGCCAAGCAGCCCUUACCCUGCUGGCCCGAGGGUCCCCGGGGGCGGCGAGCGGCCCCCCCAGCCCAAUGGCUGGCAGUACGGCUCCCCGAGCCGGCCGGGGAGCACGGCGUUCCCACCUCAAGACUCAGAGAGCGGGGGGCGCCGGCCGAGCUUCCCCCCACACGCCAACCCCGACAAGAUCGCCCAGCGCAAGAGCUCCAUGAGCCAGCUCCAGCAGUGGGUGAACCUGCGUCGGGGGGUGCCUCCCCCCGAGGACCUUCGGAGCCCCUCUAGGUUCUACCCCAUGUCCCGCAGGGGCCCCGAGUACGGCGGCCCCUACUCCUCCCAGUUCCCCGACGAUUACCAGUACUACCCGCCGGGCGUGCGGCCGGACAGCAUCUGCUCCAUGCCCGCCUACGACCGCGUCAGCCCGCCCUGGGCCCUGGAGGACAAGCGCCUCUCCUUCCAGCGCAACGGCUGCGGGUGGAAGGAGCCGGCCGGCUACGGGCGGCAGGACGGCGGCGCCGUCUGGAUCCCCAGCCCCUCCCGGCAGCCCGUCUACUACGACGAGCUGGACGCGGCCUCUGGCUCGCUGCGCCGCCUGUCCCUGCAGCCUCGGUCCCACUCGGUGCCCCGCUCGCCCAGCCAGGGCUCCUACGGCCGCCCCCGCCUCUACUCGCCCGUCCGCUCGCCCAGCGCCCGCUUCGAGCGCCUGCCGCCCCGCGGCGAGGACCUCUACGUGGACCCCACCGCCUACGUGAUGCGCCGUUCCAUCAGCUCUCCCAAGGUCCCUCCGUACCCAGAAGUGUUCCGGGACAGCGUCCACACCUACAAGCUAAACGAGCAGGAUACGGAUAAGCUGCUGGGCAAAUUGUGUGAGCAGAACAAGGUGGUGAGGGAGCAGGACCGGCUGGUGCAGCAGCUCCGAGCUGAGAAGGAGAGCCUGGAAAGUGCCUUGAUGGGGACCCACCAGGAGCUGGAGAUGUUCGGGAGCCAGCCCGCCUACCCAGAGAAGCUGCUGCACAAGAAGGAGUCGCUGCAGAACCAGCUCAUCAACAUCCGGGUGGAGCUGUCUCAGGCAACCACGGCCCUGACCAACAGCACCGCGGAGUAUGAGAGCCUGGAGUCGGAGGUCUCCGCUCUGCACGACGACCUCUGGGAGCAGCUCAACUUGGACAUCCAGAACGAGGUGCUCAACCGGCAAAUCCAGAAGGAGAUCUGGAGAAUCCAGGACGUGAUGGAGGGGCUCCGGAAGAACAACCCGUCCCGGGGCACAGACACAGCCAAGCACAGAGGUGGCCUUGGCCCCUCCACCACCUACAGUUCCAACAGCCCUGCCAGCCCUCUCAGCUCCGCCAGCCUCACCAGCCCCCUGAGCCCCUUUUCACUGGUGUCUGGCUCUCAGGGGUCCCCCACCAAGUCUGGGUCGAAUGAGCCCAAGGCAAGCUACGACCCAAGCAAGAGAGAGUCCCACCAGACCUCACCCCCGGACACGUCGAGGGACAUCAGCCUUGUGCCUACCCGGCAAGAAGUGGAGGCAGACAAGACGGCUCUCAACAAAGUUGGCAUUGUGCCCCCGCGGACAAAGUCGCCCACUGAGGAAGAGGGGACCCCAUCGGGGGUGGUGAGGAGGAAUGCCAAUGGGCUCCCCAACGGCCUCUCUGCCCGGCAGGAGCGCCCCAAGAGCGCGGUGUUCCCCAGCGAGGGCAAGGUGAAGAUGAGCGUGGAGGAGCAGAUCGACCGCAUGCGGCGCCACCAGAGCGGCUCCAUGAAGGAGAAGCGGAGGAGCCUGCAGCUCCCUGCCAGCCCUGCCCCCGACCCCAGCCCCCGGCCCGCCUACAAGGUGGUGCGUCGCCACCGCAGCAUCCACGAGGUGGACAUCUCCAACCUGGAGGCCGCGCUGCGGGCAGAGGAGCCCGGCGGGCAGGCCUACGAGACGCCACGGGAGGAGAUCGCCCGGCUGCGCAAGAUGGAGCUGGAGCCCCAACACUACGACGUGGACAUCCACAAGGAGCUCUCCACCCCCGACAAAGUCCUCAUCCCUGAGCGGUACAUCGACCUGGAGCCGGACACGCCCCUGAGCCCCGAGGAGCUGAAGGAGAAGCAGAAGAAGGUGGAAAGGAUCAAGACGCUCAUCGCCAAGUCCAGUAUGCAGAACGUGGUGCCCGUCGGCGAGGGGGACCUUGUGGACGUGCCCCAGGACUCAGAGAGCCAGCUGCAGGAGCAGGAGAAGCGGAUUGAAAUCUCCUGCACCCUGGCCGCCGAGGCCUCCCGCCGGGGCCGCAUGCUGUCUGUGCAAUGUGCCACCCCAAGCCCUCCCACCUCCCCUGCCUCCCCGACCUCACCAGCCAACCCCCUCUCGUCUGAAUCCCCACGGGGCGCCGACAGCAGCCAUGCCAUGCGGGUCUGA